AUGCGAAGUGUUGCGAGUACUGCUUUUUUGCUGGUUUUAGUUACUUUGGUACUAGCCCACCAAGCGCCAUCAUUUCCGGGUCAGAAUACACAAAAGCCACUAGAAAUGCACGAUCAAGACCAAGUACAUCAGAAACACAUGCCACCUCAGGGUGCUCGAGAGUUUGGAGGUGAACAAGCGAGGGAUGCUGAACACAUCAAUAAACAUUUGAAUGGUAAACGUGAUCCGAUUGCAAAAAUGACACCCGAGCAAUUGCAAUUCCAUUAUUUCAAUAUGCACGACCUGGACAGCGAUGAAUCGUUGGAUGGAAUCGAGUUAAUUAAAGCAAUUACACAUUUUGAUGAAGAAAAUCGGGAUUCUCGACAAAGUUCGACUCAGUUACCACCAGCAAUAACGGAAAUGGACAUUGAACGGAUGUUGGACCCAAUCUUUGACUCAGAUGAUAUCAAUCGAGAUGGUUAUAUCAGUUAUGCAGAAUUUUCCAUAGCUCAAAAGCAACGAGAUGAACAAAUGAGACAGCAAUACCAACAGCAACAACAACAAAAACAAUCUUCACAGCAAUGA